CACACUAGACGCAGGCUGGGGACACAGGAGAGCUCCAGGCCCAGAAAGGGCCCAGGACAAGACGAUGGCCAGUGAGGGCACAGACCUCAGCACCAGGAAGUCUGCAGAAAACAUUGCACUCUGCCACUUCAAAAGACAGAAAGUCGCAAUUUCAAAUAUAAUAAUAACAUCAUUUCCUUUCCUUGAACUUCUCCGUGACUAUGGAUUCAUCAACAAUGAACUGUAUGAAAAGUCUAAGAAAUCUUUUGAAACAUCGGUUUCUCAAAAAGAAGUCAUAUACCAUGUGCUCAGUGAGGUGGAGAAGACAUUUAACCUGUCCCUUCUGAAAGCAUUGUUCAGUAAGGACAUCAUGGAAACCUACCCUGGUUUAAAGGAUAUUUAUGAAACCUUCAAAAAAGUGAUACCAAACAUAGAACUGUUCCUAAGAAAUGAUGGAGAAGAAAAUGAGAAGAGGCGUGAUAUCCAAGAGAGCCUUGAACAAGGUACUGUGGAUUUUGGAAACAACUCCAUUUCAGGAAAAACCAAGAAGAGAAGAAGAACAACAAUGCACACAGAUGACACUGUGAAUUUUAAUGCUGAAAUACUUCCUGUGACCUGUGGGAAGAUGAUGGGCAUGUUAAUUAAGAGAAAAUUACAACGAGCUAUCCUAGAGGACAUGAUGUGGUAUCUCAAUAAGAAUGAAUAUCUACCUCAACCUCCACAUGACAGGAAGAGAAAGCCGGAAAACGCAGAGAAAUGCAAGAUCUGUGGGGAUGAAGGAAAGCUCUUCAAAUGCAGUUUUUGUCUCAUCUUCUUUCAUGAGUACUGUCACAUCCCACCUGUGGAACCUGAGAGGAAGGAUUGGAUAUGUACCUUCUGCAUAACAGAAGUGUCUUCAGGAAGUCAGCAGCAUGCCAGCUAUUCUGAGGUCCUAGCGAGACGGAUGGGACCCAAAGAGAAGUUGAAUUGUGUGUUCCUCCUCCUAAAGCUCUAUUAUCAUUUAGAGAACAACAUUUUUCGGAGUAUUCCACAUGAACAUUAUGUUCAAAAGGCUUCUCAAUGCCUAGAGACACUUAGGACAUUGGAUGAAAUCAAGAAUAAACUAAAUGGAGGAUGUUAUACCAAAGUGAAGGGGUUUGUGCUUGGCAUGAACAAAAUCUUUCAGGAUCCUAAGCACGAUGACUCACUUCAAACAGAAAAGGAAUUUAAGAAGAAUUUCAAAGAAGUCUUUUCUAUUCAGUAAACAAAUCAGAAGAGUUCACUGUGGUGGAUGCUGUUGAUACCCUGGAAAAUCCCGCUUUCAGGCAGAUUUCUCAUCCCCCAGCUGCUAUGAGCAUUGACUGCUUAUGCCAUCUCUUCCCAAUGUAUCACUAUGGGCCAAAUGUAGACAGAUUCACUCAAAGGUUAAAUCUCUUUGUGAUGGGGGUUGGUUCCCAGCACUAAGGUUGAACCAACCAUGUGGAGUGAUUCGUGUUCCUGUGCUCCCCAUAGCUGAGCUAGUCUCCAGCUAUGACCACCUCCUUGCUUAGCAUUUCCCAGCACAGUGUCCUGCUUCCCUCAUCCCUCCUCCUCCUGAGAAAAUUCUCACAAUAAAUCACUG